GCGGCGGGGCCGGCGCGGCCGGCUGCGCGUCAGAGCGCCGGGCCAUGGCGCAGCACAGCACCCUGCUCCACCUGCUCGCCGGAGGAUGUGGUGGCACAGCUGGAGCCAUCCUGACCUGUCCCCUGGAAGUGGUGAAGACGCGUCUACAGUCAUCCCAGCUGACACUGCGACCUCUGUGCCUCUCGGAGAUACAUCUGCCAGGAAUGAGUGUGAGGCUGAUGAACCCCAGCUCACCAUCUCCUGGAGUGCUCAAGUUGCUGAGGGACAUCCUUGAGAAGGAAGGCAUGAGAUCCCUGUUCCGAGGUCUGGGUCCAAACCUUGUUGGGGUUGCUCCUUCCCGGGCUAUAUAUUUUGCUGCCUAUUCUGGUGUUAAGGAGAGACUCAAUGCUGUCCUUGUACCGGAGUCCAAGAAAGUACACAUGCUAUCAGCAGCCUGUGCAGGCAUUACCUCUGCCACACUCACAAACCCUAUCUGGUUAGUGAAAACCAGGAUGCAGCUGGAAGCCAGGGUGAAGGGGGAGAUGGCCAGCAAUGCUGUCCAGUGUGCCAUGCGUGUGUACCGCACUGAAGGCCUUCGUGGAUUUUACCGUGGUAUCACUGCCUCCUAUGCUGGAGUGUCAGAGACCAUCAUACACUUUGUCAUCUAUGAAGCACUGAAACAGCAGCUGAGAAACAGCCAUCGUUCCCUUUCACCACCGCUCACACUUUCACCAAACAGCCAUGAUUUCUUUGGCCUAAUGGGAGCUGCUGCUGUCUCCAAAACAUGUGCUUCAUGCAUUGCAUAUCCACACGAGGUCAUUCGGACACGGUUGCGAGAAGAAGGGUCACGAUACCGUUCCUUUAUACAGACUCUGCAGCUUGUGGUCCAUGAAGAGGGACCCUUGGCUUUAUACCGAGGGCUCCUGGCUCACUUGAUCCGCCAGAUCCCAAACACAGCCAUCAUGAUGGCUACCUAUGAACUCAUCGUACAUUUGGCCUCUUCCACCUUGUAAGCACACUAGCACCUGGCUUAAGGCUGCUGUAAAGAUUCAGGGACCUCAUGGUCCUGAGACAGUCUUUUUCCAUGCUUCAAGAGGUGGUGCUUUUCAUCACAUAUCAGAAGUGGGUCAGGCAUAGAAUUCUCAGGACAUAAGACUAUUUUGUGCCAAGUUUUUGGCUCCAAUGUGCACAGUGUAGCCUUUCUUCUUUUUGGACACUUGAAUUAUGCUGGUGCUUUGAGAUGUCAGGGCACUGGUUUGACAGUGCCUGCUGUAAGUUCCCUGUGUGAAACAAGGGCAUGGAACUUACUGGGAAGGAGACAAAGGAGAAAGCAUAAGAGUAUCUAAGACAGCCUCAGCAUGUUCACUUCUUUUUUAGACCCAGUAACAACCAUACAUGGGCACAGUUGGACACAAAGGCAGGCUAGAGCUGAGACAUCUGAGAGAACUGCAGCAAGCAGAGAUCUUGUGCUGAGACCUUUCUUGCCCUCCGAGGGGCUCUUCCACUCACCUGCUGUGCUACCUUCCUACCCUUAAGGAGGAUUUCUCAGCCUUGGCUGCCAGCAAAUGUCCUAUUGCAGAAUCUUCCUGUGGCUCUUUAACAUGUUGCAGCCACUCUUUUUGUCUUGCAGGGUCUGAGUAAUCAGACCAAGUAGAUGAAGGGAAGGAGCACAACUUGCUAUGAAGCACUGUCCUAACAACUCAUGCUGCUGGGCUCAUAGCCAUGCUUUGCUAAUACCUGUUGUGUUUCUAUGACCCCCAUUCCCACCAAAGAGAGGAGGACACCUCCUUCCCUCAGAAGUGCUGGGGCUGUUCUGCUGCAAGCUGGAACCCCUGGUGUGAAAAAUACUCUUUUUUUUUAUGCUGGUAAAGAAAGUGGAUCAGGUGAAAAGAUGGAUGAAGCUGAGGAUUUGGCCUGUUUAUAUUGAUGAUACACCAAGUGUAUGGAAAGAGCCUUGGUUUUUUUUCUGUAAUCAAGAAUUCAGUUUGCUGCAUGUGUUUGUUACACUUGCCUGUGACAGGCUGGGAUGCUUUCUGUUCCUCUGUGGGUUCCUAGCCCAGUGUCCUGGGGAUGGCUACAUUGUGUUUACAAAGAGUAUUUUGACUCUCAGAAAGGCUGGGGUAGGGUGUGGGGUGAUGUGUUUUUCUUGUUCCAACACAUAUACUAAAAAAUGUAACCCUUCCCCGAGAUAAGGCAGUCAUUUCAGUAAAUACAUGCUCUGGAUAAUCUCCAGUCUCUC